AUGAAUAAAUGGCCAUAUCUGAUCAUUGCCUAUGUCGCUGUGGUGUUACUGGUAUUUGAUAGACUUCAAUUCGCACCCAUUUUCUCUACUACGAUCUUGAAAGAUCCUGUUGAUGGCCUUGAAGAAGUUGAUAGGACAAAUUCAUCUUACCUAAUAGCCGGAAAAGAUAGAUUCCAAUGGUACAAGGAGCAGUUAUUCAAUAGGACGAAGUUAACAGAGUUAAAAAAUGCUCCGAACAUCAGCCUCUUGUAUGCUUAUGAGUUUGAACAUGAAAUCACUGUUACAGUAACCUCAUGGGAGCGUCUUGGCUACCGCCUCUUCUGUCGUUAUUUAGACGAGAACGACAAAGAAAUUGGAGAGCCAUUUGAAAGUUUCACAUAUCCAGAGUACAUUGUAAACUGUCAAAAAAGAGAGGGUACCCGGAAAAUUGGUUUGAGUGUCAAUGAAACGGAAAUCAUGUUUGAAACAAUUCCAAUAAUGGAUAGGAUGCUGAAAAAACCGAAAUAUGAGGUGUCCAUGUGUGUGGCAUCGAUUUAUGGGUUUGAACCAAAAUGGUUGAUGUUCAUUGAGAUGAUUGAGCACUUCAAAAUGCAGGGCGUCCAACACUUUUACUUGCAUAUUCAUAACGCAUCCAUGUAUGAUAUGAGAGUGAUAAACGACUAUAUCAGAACUGGAGAAGUUGAAGUUCAUUAUCUGAUUGAGAGAGACUACAGAAAGGAUAAUCACUGGCAUAUGGUCAAUCUGGCGGACUGCUUAAUCUGGUCGCGCGGAGAAUCCAAAUGGACCAUUUUCGCAGAUUUGGAUGAGAGGAUUUACAUGACAAAUUAUACAGGAACAAUUUUGGAUUAUGUUCGAGAGGUUCAGAAUGAUACGAUUGGGAGUCUGAUGUUCAGGCAGCAAUGGAUUCUGAAAACUGAGUUGAUGCCAGAGAGAUACGAGGGGGAUAAGCAAAUCAACCAAUGGAUGCCAACUCAUCGAUGGCACAACUCAACCGGUCUCGGACCACAUGGUCAUACUGCAAAAUGUAUUGUGGACACUUCGAAAGUGUUCAUAAUGUUCAUCCAUUACGUCACACAGUUCUUCCCAGCCCCAUAUGGCAAUAGAUAUGUCACAAAGAGAGUAGAAGCGGAAGAAGGGCUGAUAAGGGUCGUGGGGACAAAAGUGGCUGAACUCGACGUUGAGAUUUGGGGAGCUAAGAUCAACAGACUAUCCGGAGAAAUUGAUUGGAGAAUUGACGGAGAGAGUGAAGAGAAGAGCAAAAUAUGUAUAUGA